CAUGAAACAAGCAACUGGAUUUUUUGAUAGUCCAUUUAAUUCAACAGAUGCUGACAUUGAUCCAACAUCAGAUACUGCCAAAGAGGUCUUGAAGCAGCCACCAGCUACAAAAUAUGAAUUAUGGGGUUAUUACCUAUAUUACAAUGGAGAUAAUGGCUUUACGAUAAACAGCUACAUGCCAAACAUUUUCCAAUAUCUUGCAUACAAAGGAGGCUUCUAUUCUGAUACUCCUGACAUAAAAGGGUGCGAUACCAACGAUGCCCUAAGGCAGUGUAACAUUCACUGGAUGGGAAAACCCGGUGGAAUACCCAUAGCAUCUAUGCUUCUAUAUGUUCAAGCAAUCGCAUUUUCGCUACAGUUUUUACUCUUCACUACUUUUGGCAGUCUAGCAGAUUACGGCAGAUGGAACCGCUACAUUUUAUUAGGCGCAACUGUCAUCGGCUGUGCGGCCCAGAUUAUACCUAUCACUUUGGUUAACGAUGAUGGCAGUCAUUGGAAUGCCAUGAUGGGCAUUAUGAUUAUUGCCUUGAUCUCAUAUGGUACCUCACUCGUCUUCUACGCAGCUGCAUUUCCUACGCUCAGUGACAAUCUUCCAGCAGUGCGUAAAGCAAAGGCUGAUCCUAAUCUUUCAAAGGAUGAAAAACUUCAAGUUACCGAACUUUGGCGAAACCAUGUCUCGGCGGUAUCUACGGUUUGGUCCAACGUUGGCUUUCUUAUCAUGACAGGUGUUUUGUCGGGAGCUUCCUUCAAGUCGUGGGAAAAUUAUGACUUCCCCGAAGACGUUAGCCAUGUCUUAGGAAAUGUUCCACUAUUUAACUUCAUAUCAACUGUUGUAUGUGGUGGUUUCUGGAUUAUCAAUGCAAUUCCAUACUUUAUUGCCCAGCCGUCUGGUCGACGUGGUGGUGAGCUUCCCGAAGGAACCAACCAUUUAACGGUUGGCUGGAAAUCAAUCAUUUUGGCUCUCAAAGAGGCUCGAAAGUUGAGAUAUCUAUUUAUGUACAUCAUCUCGUACUUCAUGUUCUCUGACGCCGUGUCAACUACCAACCAAAUGAUCGGUAUCAUCCAGGGUGAGAUCACCAACUUCUCUGCUCAACAAGUUACUAUCCUCAAUCUUGCUUCGGCCGUCACUUCAAUCAUCGGCUGUCUUUUUUUCUUGUGGAUUGCCAAACGGUUCAAGGUUCGAACAAAGACCAAUCUGUUGAUCAUCAUUGGCCUCUCUGGCUUGGUUGCUGUCUGGGGAUGCUUUGGUAUCGGUAUCGACAAUUUCGGUAUCAAGACCAACUGGGAACUAUGGGUGUUCUAUGUUUGGACUGGAUUGUUCACUGCUCCAAUUUGGGCCUGGCAGAAUACGAUGUUGGCCGAAUUAGUUCCCAAAGGAAAAGAAAACCUGUUCUUUGGUCUAUUUGGUAUCGUCAAUAAGGCUUCAUCUUGGAUUGGACCUGUUGUGAUUGGUGCGAUCACUGAACACACAGACAACCUGUGGAAGGGAUGGCCAUUUGUACUUGCCCUUUUUGUUAUCUCUAUUGUGUUGGUGUACUUUAUUGACGUUGACAAAGCAAAGCUUGAGAUGAUAACGUAUAUCGAAGAGAAUCCCGAACCAUCGUCAAUCACCGAGACUCCCAGUACAUCAGUGAAUGAAAAAACCCAACUCGAGUAAACAUAAACUGCUUAACCAUAGGUAGUAUAUACACACAAUAUGUACACACAAGCACCUCUUCUUCUUUCUUUAUAUCUUCAAGGACUGUUAUUUUACAAGAGUAGCCUUUUUAUUUUUAAUACUAUAUAUUUAUAUAUUUAUUCUGUACAGCAUUUUUUUUUUUUUUUUUUUACUUUACUCUAAUCAAUAAACAAACAAAUUCCAAAACUUC